GCUGGAACUGGAAACACUGGCCCUGUUCUCACUCUCUCUCUCUCUCUCUCCCCGAGCAGAUCUGAGCUCCGAUCGACGGACCAAAUCGAAUGCGAUUGCUCGAGCUGGGUCGAGGCAAUAUCUGACAGAGAGAGCGCCGAGCACCGUCCCUCGGACUCUCUCCUCUCUCGCUCUGUUCCUCGCCUCGCCGACACCGGCCGGCCCUGAAGCUCCACGGUCAGGUGGCUCAUGAAUUCGCCUUGCUUUGGUAUGUCAGUUCGCUGAAGGAUGUUAUUGACAUUCUCUUUUCCUAUAUAUUUCUUUUGGAAAGGGAUGUCGGAGAAUAAAGAUGGGAUGAAUCCCAAAAUCGACAAUGCUCUUGCGCACCCUGAGGCCCCUUCCUGGUGGAGCAGUUUACUCCAGCAAGCUUCGGUCUAUGGCGUCGCUGUUGGUUACUGCCUCUCGGCUUCCCUACUCUCGAUCAUCAAUAAGUGGGCUGUGAUGAAGUUUCCUUACCCCGGGGCUCUCACGGCUCUGCAGUACUUCACCAGUGCAGCUGGUGUUUUUGUUUUUGGCCGGUUAAAGUUGUUAGAGCACGAUCCACUUGAUCUUCUAACCAUGUGGCGGUUCCUCCCGGCGGCAGUCAUAUUCUAUCUCUCUCUCUUCACCAACAGCGAGCUUCUUCUCCACGCAAAUGUUGAUACUUUCAUCGUUUUCCGCUCGGCUGUUCCCUUGUUUGUUGCCAUUGGAGAGACCCUUUUCUUGCACCAGCCAUGGCCGUCACUAAAAACAUGGAUGUCACUUGUGACCAUAUUUGGUGGAAGCGUUCUUUAUGUUCUCACAGAUUCUCAGUUCACAUUUAUGGUAUAUGUAUGGGCUGCUGCUUACCUCGUUAGCAUGUCCAUAGAUUUCGUGUACAUCAAGCACGUGGUAAUGACCAUUGGACUGAACACAUGGGGCUUAGUGCUAUACAAUAAUCUUGAGGCACUUAUGCUUUUCCCUCUGGAGCUGCUUAUAAUGGGUGAGCUGAAGAAGAUAAAGCACGAGAUCUCCAAUGAGUCGGAUUGGUACUCCUUCUCGGUGGUUUUGCCAGUUGGGUUAUCGUGUUUGUUCGGUUUGGCAAUCUCUUUCUUCGGGUUUUCCUGUAGGAGAGCAAUCUCCGCUACGGGAUUUACUGUCCUUGGGAUUGUGAACAAAUUGUUGACAGUCGUAAUUAAUCUUGUCAUCUGGGAUAAACACUCGAAGUUCUUGGGAACGGUGGGACUUUUGAUUUGUAUGAUUGGCGGAGUGAUGUAUCAACAGUCGACAACCAAGCCUAAAUCCCCGAGGGAAGUAGAAGUGAAAGAGGUCAGUGACGAGGAAGAGCAGAAGCUGCUUGAAAUGAGUAGCACCAGCAAGCAGAGCCAUAAUGGUGAUCAAGAUCAAUCACAAUGAGCAGUCUUCCAUUAAUCAUGAUUUGAUUAGAUUCUUUAAGAAAUUUUGUUUAGGCAUCUCGGACUAGGAGGAAGGGAAAGGGCAGGACCAGGAUCGUAGCCAAUGCUCUGGUCCCGGGUGUCUCCCAGUGGAUUUCUAGUGUUAGAAGUCAUGUCCGUCCCGGACAUCUGCAACUUCAAAUUUACGAAGGAAUCUGUUUUCAUGCUCGAGAAUUGAUUGGAUGCUCGAUCAGCAUUAUGAUAAAGAAGAGACCAGCAUUAUGCAGAAACAUGUAAAGUUUAGAACUGAGUAAAAGCUGAGUUGCAGUUACUUGAGCAAAACCUCGAGUUAGACACGGUUGCUGCGUAACUCAAGCAUGAGCUAUGACUAUCCUUGCAUUGGCACUCGAGUUGACAGAGAUCCCUUGAGCUUUUGGGUAAUCUUGGAGUGGAAGCUGAGGAAUGUCAAUGGUGUAGGCAUGAAACUUCGAAGUUGGUGCUUUUGCGACUGGACCGAUCUGAAUGGGUCGGACUUUUUAAGGGGACCUCAGUGUUUAUAUGCACCAUAUCCCGGUCCGGUUGGACCCUUUUUGAAAGAAGAAAUGGACGAAACUCCUCCUCUUGGCUAUGCCACUUCCAUAAAAGGAAGCUCCUGUGCCGGAGACAAAUAAUCAACCGCCUAUAGCAAGUACCGGACUCUUGGAUUGAUACAUUAAGCCUCGGUUUGGCACAUAAACUCAUGUCCUGAUCAAUUCAAUCUCGAGAUUAGUCCUUACUCCCGAUAAGUUACCUAGGAAUGGCGAUUUGUACCCGUCCAGCGGGUACCCGGCUUGCCCCGACCCGUUUAGGGCGGGCA